UUGUUGUGCUUGUUGAAUUGUUUUUAUUUCCUUGAUUGGUUCGGCGACAUAACUGUUUGGAAAUGGUGGAUGGGUUGAUAGCUCCAUGAGCAGUAUCCGUUCUAGAAGUUUCUACUACAAACACAAGGUUUUUGAGGCAGUGUGUCUAGAGAGGGGAAGCAAUUAUACCUGUGGUAUAGAAUUGCCAUGAUCCUCGACAGUGUUCCCGAGUUUGUUUAAGGAUUUCCUUUUUUGAAUCGAUUUAGAACAAAAUUCCCAAUUGAAAGAAUCACUACGACAGUGGCAAUUUUGAUGUACAGAUUGCAGACGGGACAACCCGCAAACUAGCACAAUGAUACGGUUUAACCAUCUGAAACUUCCCGCACCUGCCAAGUUAAACCUCAUGCUGAACAUCAUCGGUCGGCGAGAGGACGGAUACCACAACUUACAAACCCUUUACCAAUUUCUGGACUUCUGUGAUGAACUGGCUUUCACCUCAAGACUGGACGGAGAGAUCAAACUAGCCACGCCCAUGGAAGGCGUCAGUCCUUCCGAUAACCUCAUCCUAAGUGCUGCUAAACUCCUUCAAGAUGAAUGCGGCGUGGAGUUCCUCGGUGCCACAAUCAAGGUGACCAAACGCAUACCCAUCGGCGCAGGGUUAGGAGGUGGGAGUUCCAACGCUGCAACCACCCUCGUCGGGUUAAAUCAACUAUGGCAGACCCACCUUACAAUUGGACAACUUCAGCGACUUGGGGCGACUCUAGGGGCAGACGUUCCAAUAUUUAUACACGGCCACUCGGCAUGGGCAGAGGGAAUAGGUGACGAGUUGACUACAGUCACUAUACCAGAGCGUUGGUACGUGGUCGUCUCACCCCAAUGCCAAGUGCUCACUACCCGUAUCUUUGGACAUGUCGACCUUAUUCGAAAUACGCCCCCUACGACAGUGGAUAUCAUAUUAAAAAAUGGAGGAACAAACGACUGCCAGCCGCUCGUUAGUAAACUGUACCCCAAAGUUCAGGAAGCUUUAGAGUGGUUGGAUUCUUUCGCCAAGGCUCAAAUGACAGGAACAGGCUCAUCGGUCUUUGCCAGUUUUACUUCUCGCUCAGAGGCCGUCAAGGUUAUCCAGAAACUUCCAGAACGCUUCAAAGGAUUCAUAUCAAGAGGUUUGAAUUUGUCUCCUCUUCAUCAAGCUGGGACAGUUUUAUUAUUGUUUCCUAAUGGGAGGCUUUGAACGCUAGGUGGUAGCAGACUAAAGUCUCACUGUAUCUUUGCUCUGCGCAUGCGUUCAUUUUUUUGUGAAACCUGGUAAACCUGCUGCCACCUAGCGUCACGAACGACUCUCAUUUAAAUUAUAGGAUGGUUUAGUACAAUGUUUGGGCCUAUUUUGUUAGGUCCAACAUAGAUUAUUCCGAAGUUAUGAAUGUUUUAGUGAACGUCAUAUUGGCCAAUAGUUAUUCUACGUUAUCAGUGUUAACCAUUUCGAAUUUCGUGGGUAUAAUAGGCCUUCUCAAAUUUUUCAAGAGAUAUAUGGUAAGCCACCAUAGGAAUAAUGCGUAUGCAUAUUAUGUAUUUAUAUGAUAUGGAUGGUACUACUUUGGUUUGGGUGUGUAUAGACAACUUUACCCAAACUGCAUAAUAGUGCCUGCCAUAGUUAUUAUUGUGUCCUUACUCUAAAACCUCCCGGGUCAGAAUUGACCCGGUUUUGGGUACCAGGGGGCCAGACCCAUUUCUGGUUCUGUCUGACCCGGAAUCCUUGUCAAUGUGUCCCAGAAUCGGAGUCAAAAUCUCCGCUUUUAACCAAAUUUCUGGUCACAAUGACACGGAUUCCGGGUCACAUUGACAUGGAUUCCGGGUCAAACAGCACAGCAAUUCUGACCCGGGAGUUUUUAGAGUGCACACAGUCCACCAUACCUCAAAAUGGCUGAUGGGAAACGUUACGUGACACAUCAUGUUCAAAUAAGCGUGAGGUUUGCAAAAAAAAGUUGGAAUGUAAGAUAAAACAAAGACGGCUGUACUGGUUUGAUUUCCACUAAUUAAAAUAGACCAAAAUGGGUCGAGUAAUACAAAUAUUAUUGUAUUUAUUUAACAAGUAGGCCUAUAUUAUUUCUGCAUAAUUUAUUCAGGCCACAUCUUGAAUAUUCCAAUUAUAGCUCCUCGUCAUUUAAAUUUAAAAAAAUGUCACAGACAAGUAUUCUCACUCGGUGUAUCCCAACAUAAUAUGCAUUAAAUUAAC